GCGGAGGGUGGGGCUGGGCGCGGGGUGACUGCGGCGGCCAUGUCGCUGCAAGAAGAUCCGGUGCAGCGCGAGAUCCACCAGGACUGGGCCAACCGCGAGUACAUCGAAGUGAUCACCAGCUCCAUCAAGAAGAUCGCGGAUUUCCUCAACUCCUUCGACAUGUCCUGCCGCUCCCGGCUCGCCACCCUUAACGAGAAGCUGACCGCGCUGGAGCGACGGAUCGAGUACAUCGAGGCCAGGGUAACAAAGGGCGAAACUCUGACCUAACUGCAGAAGGCUGGUAGGGAGCUGACCUGGAGAAGAUUGUACGGCUGUGCCAGAGUUGACUGUCAGGCAUCUGAUUUCUUCAUUACUUCUUAUUGGUGACAGGACUUCAGCUUGUUUCUGCAAUGCAAUAUCCCUGCCUUCAGUGCAUGGCUCCAGGGUGACUCCAGAGGAAAUUGAUAAAAUGCAAAUGAGCAUGUUGAAUUCAGUGAUUUUGUGCAGACAGAUUCAUGCAGCUGUCAAAUACUCCUGUACCCCUUAAUCUCUCUCUCAUUCCCAGCUGUGCAUGUAGAACGCCUACAUUUUGCAGCUGCAGAAUCUCUCUGGCCAAAGGUCGCUUUGUGGGAAGAAAACUUCUCUUGGGAGCUGACUGGCUGAGGAAGUGGGUGUCCAUGCUGUUGGCGGGCCACUCCUCUGGUGGUUUCAGUUCCUUUAGCAAACACUGCAACUUAUAUCUCUUAGCAAAAAUGUCAAAUAUAUCCAUCCUUCCAGUCUGCAAGCAGAGCAGUAGAUGUGCAGUGUGUGGUUGGCGGGGGGAGGCAGGGGAAUAGGUAAUGUGCCAAGAUAAACUCUCUGGGCAGGGUGGGUUUCAGAGCUUUCUGUGUCUUUUGUAUUCUGUAGUGUCACAUGGGGGGUGUCUUUCAUUUGUGUUUCAACAAUAAACUGCCUCUGCUGAUGGGGUCUGAGCUGA